CAUUUACAGGAUGACAUGAGCGAUCAGUGCAGCCUCACACAGGCCGGCCUCGAAGAGUACAACAUACGCGCCUCAUCCUAUUACGAUCAGCCAGCGAUGUUGUUCCAUCAUCAAAAGCAAUCGUCGUAUGCACAAUCGGAGGGUUAUCACAGUUAUGUCUCCAGUUCGGAUUCCAGCUCGGCCACACCAUUCCUGGACAGAUUACGUCAGGAAAGCGAGAUGUUGUCACGCCAAUCCUCCCACCAUUGGUCGCAGAACGACUUAUCCUCCGUUUCAUGUGCCUCGAUGGCACCCUCUCCUACCCCACUGCUGCUCUCCACUAUAGGUCGAGAUGUAGCGCUCACAGGCGGUAACAGCGGCAGCAAUCAACAGCAACACAAUAACAGUUCGGAAAGCACUUCAUCAACGGAGACCCUAAAAUGGUUGGGUUCCAUGAGUGACGUUUCCGAGGCAAGUCAUGCCACUGGGUAUUCGGCCAUCUCAGAGUCGGUUUCCUCGUCGCAACUGAUUGUGCAUAGUUCGCGCGUUUUGACCCCCAAACGACAUCACAGCGAAAGCGUACUGUAUCUGCACGACGAGUCCCAGCAGCCGCAACAAGCGCAGCAGCCACUAAUAUCGUCUGCGCAACAGCACUCGCCGAGCGCACCCAAACAGAUCAGUCCAACAUUGUCCGCGCGCGAACGCACACACUCGCCCACACGGUUGAUGGCGCAAAACGCCGCGUUGCUUCCGAAUCAUCGCCACAGUCCAAGCUACCCGCCUGUACACGCCACCGCCGCCAUGCAUCCCUAUCAGCCACAUCCGCAGUAUGCAGUACGUCAGCAACCGCAAUCACUCGCGCAUAAAUUACCUGCUGCCGCGCCACUUGCAGAUGCGCUACCCAGUUCCUUGAGUGCAAGCGUCACUGAUGGCUGCAAUCUUAGCACACACGCGUCCGCGAAAACGUCGCCGCUGGGGAGCGCGCCGAAAGCAACAGACGACGGCGGCAGUGAUGUGGCAGCACCACCGCCAUUACCAACACAAAAUACAAGCAUAUCUGUGACAAAUACGCAAGCGGAGGUGGAAGCGCUCACUUCCGCGCUUGCGUCCCACUCGCCUGCCAUAGCGCCGAAGCCAGUUGUCAUCAGCAGCACUGCGACCAACGCCAUUGUGGAAGUAAUCGCUAUAGGCGCGGGUCCAGUUGGUGGCGCGUCGCUUUCGCCUGGCAGCGCUAAUUCGCAGCUGAACACGUCCACAACUUCCUUAGCGUCCGCGGUAUCGUCGGCAUCCGCGCAACCAUCGCAAUCCUACCGCAGCAAUCACCGUCUAUUUCCUGUGAGCACCUAUACUGAAAAGGUGCAUAGCAACACCUCGCAAUUUGUGCUGCAUCCGAAGCCGCAGUAUAGCGCUGGCUUGCAGAAGCCGGUACAGCAACAGCAGCAGCAACAACAACAACAACCGCAACUGCUUCAGAAGCAGGCGCAGCAGACGGCAGCAUCAGUGGCGCUGGCAACAAAAUACUUGGCGUCUCCAACCAGUCCGCCUCAGCCGAGUUGGCAGUCGGUCGCUGAGCUGAUAAACGACUUCGAGCGCACCAAAAACGAACCACAGCUGCAGAAAUAUACCUAUAUGGACCCGAGUAAGACACAUCGCGUCUCGAAUCCAGCGCUGAAGGCAUUCCAAAAGAAUGCGGUGCAGUCGUACUUUGAACGGCAGCAACAACAACAGCAGCAUGCCAAAGAACAGGGUCAGUCGCAAAAAAUCUAUCAGCCACUCACUGCGCAUUCCCAGCAUCAGCAUCAGUUAGCGCAUCAGCACCAGCAUUCGCCGCCGCAACAACAACAACAACAGCAUUCGCCACUUUUACGUCCGCAUUCCUACCAGUCGAACAUGAAAGAAUCUGACACACAACAUCAAAUCAUGCGCAGCUCGCUGCCAAACUCCUAUGGCGCGCAGCAUAGCAAUUUGAGUGGCAGCACAUUUCAACAACAGAAAACCUCCGCACAGCAGCUGCCAAUGCGUUUGUGCGCACCACCUCCGCCGCCACCUCCACAGAAGCCCACCAGUGGCGGCCAGGUCGGCAGCAAUGAUGAGCAUGCGACUCUCACACACGCCGUCGGUGCAUCAAGCAGUUACAGCGCGCUGCCAACCAAACCACCCUCUCCCGCUCCACCACCACCGCCACCACGUUCACGCUCACUCAUACCACACACGCUGCUGCGGCGCUCCUCAUCCGCCUCAGAUUAUGCGGAAUUUCGUGAUCAGUACAUGCGUGCCACGCAAGAGAAGCUCGUUGCGCAAUCCGUUAAGAACAUUUCGAGCUCUGAGAAAUCUUCCUUCAAUGAUUGCGGCAUGCCGCCGCCGCCACCGCCACCACGAGCAGCGCGCCCCACUAACCUGCUACCCACGCGUCGCACCUCCUCUGCGGCUGAGUAUGCGGCAGCCAUGCGUGAGAAGGCGUUGCUGCAGCAAGCCGCCGCGCUGGCACAUCAACAACAUCAUCCGCAGCAACAUGCGCGACCACCAAACUAUGUGCAGCAAUACUACAAUCCACCGCUGCCAGCGGCCGCCAUUGAACCCGGUUGGGUGCCUGAAAGACCGCCAAAGAAUCCGAGUUUGCGCGUUCCUUCGCCGGAUCUGCCGCCGCUGCCACCCAGCGCGGACUUGGACACGCAACUCGCGGAUGAACCU